GUAAGCGCCUACCUGCCGGUGAAUGACGAAGUGACAACAAGUCUUCCACAGUGCACUUCUAUUGAUUUUUAGUUCGGAAGUUUUAGAUUAUUGAUAGUGCAUUUUUUUUAAAUUCCGAGUCCGAUGGAGUCUAUCGAAAGCCAUAAAACGCAUCGUAAAACGCAUGCUGGACGAAAACUCGCGAAGAAGAAAGAAAGCAAGCUGAAAGAUGAUAUUCCACUUCAAAAGCAGAAGAAAGCCGAAUCGGCCAAGCAAAGGAAUCCCAAGGCCUUCGCCUUUCAGUCAGUGGUCCGUGCCGAGCGUACAUUCCGCCGGACGGCUGAUAUCAGCGAGAAACGCACGCGUAUCCCGGAAAUCGACCGCACUCCGCAGCUGCCGCCUCCAUAUAUUGUCGCCAUCGUGGGGCCGCCGAAAGUCGGGAAAACCACACUGAUGCAGUGUUUGAUCAAGAGCUUUACGCGCAAUAAUAUCAACAACAUUCAAGGACCCGUUACCAUCGUCUCGGGAAAGAAGCGCAGAAUCACAUUGAUUGAAUGCAACAACGAUAUUAAUGCCAUGAUUGAUGUGGCAAAAGUCGCUGAUUUGGUUUUGCUCCUGAUCGACGCUAAAUUUGGCUUUGAAAUGGAAACCUUUGAAUUCCUGAAUAUUUGUCAGGUGCAUGGAUUCCCGAAGAUCAUGGGUGUGUUGACACAUUUGGAUAUGUUUCGGGAAAGUAAGGCCAUGCAGAAGACGAAGAAGCGCCUGAAGCAGCGUUUCUGGACGGAGAUUUAUCAGGGUGCAAAGCUGUUUUACAUAUCCGGAUUGAAAAAUGGCGAGUACAUGCGCAGGGACGUGAAGAAUCUUGGUCGGUUUAUCAGUAUUCAGAAAUUCCGACCGCUGCAGUGGCGGAGUUCGCAUCCCUAUGUGCUGGUGGAUAGAAUGGAGGAUAUUACGGAUCCGGAGGUAAUUCGGACCACCCCGAAAGAGGAUCGGACGGUGUGCCUUUACGGUUAUGUUCGCGGAACGCAUCUCAGGAGCAAAUCGUGGGCACAUAUUGCUGGUUGCGGUGACUUUGAAAUUGCUGAAGUUUCCGUCCUUCCUGAUCCGUGUGCACUGCCUGAUAAAGAACGGAAGCGUUCACUUAACGAAAAAGAAAAGCUUGUGUAUGCGCCGCUUUCGGGAAUGGGAGGUGUCCUGUACGAUAAAGAUGCGGUUUAUAUCGACAUCGGCGGAAGUCACUCACACCGACCUGUUGAUCAAUCCGUACAGCGCGAUCGAAAACCUACGGCUUUCGAGCAGCUGCUAAAUACUUUUAAAGAGUCCAAUGAGAUGAUUGAUGAAAAGCUACAGAAUGCCGAAUUCACUCUGAUUUCUGGCGCCAAAGGAGUGACCGGUAAAGAGUACGAAGCCGGGAAGAAAAAUAUGGGGAAGCGUCACGAAGUGGUUCAGGAUUCUGGACGGAGUCGUCGCAAGGUUUUAUUCGAUGAAGAACCGCUUGCGAUGAAUGAUGUGGGUAGUGACGACGAUGAGCAAGACGAAUCUGGUUCUGAUAUGGAAGAAGCACGAGUUGGUCGAAUGCUAGAAAAUGACUCUGACGCUGAUGGUGAAGAGGAGUUGGCUUUCGACGAUGACGAUGAUGUAUCCACUGACAAUUUUCCCGAUGGCAGCAUGAAAUGGAAGUCUAAUCUCGCCGAAAAAGCCUCUGACAUGUAUUUCGGAAAAUUAUCAACAGUGACGAACUUGAAACGUCUUAUCUAUAACCAGUCGGAUGACGUGGAUGAGAGCGACGAAGAGACAGUUGGGGGGUUGUUUAGAACGGUACAGAAGUAUAACGAAGGCGCUCCGACUAAAAAGAGGAUUAACGUUGUGGAGUCUACGAAAUAUAUACCAAACGAAAAUCGGAACUGGACGGAAGAGGAAUUACGGAACAAGUUACGAGGUCAUUUUGUCGAGAAGAAAACCAGUGACACCGGUAAAGGAACGAAGACUGUUGAUGGUGAUGAGGAAGUAUUCGGAGAUUACGAAGAUCUCGAAAAGGGUGAAAUCUUCAAGAGUUCUGAGCCUGAAGGAGAUGAGGAGGACGAUGAUGUUGAUGGAGACUUCGGCGACGAUGACGACGACGAUGAAAUGGGUGAAAGUACUAAAGAGCCGAUAGAUGAGAAGGAUGAAGCAGACCGUCUGCUGGAAAAGAAACGGAAACUGAAAGAAGCUUUUGAUACCGAAUUCGACGAAGAGAAAACCGUGGGCAAGAAGACGCAUUAUGAUUCUUUGAAAGAAGAAUUAGAGCAGCAAGCUCAGUUGAAUCGUACGGAAUUCGCCGGUCUGGACGAAGCCCAGCGUAUUCAGUACGAAGGAUAUCGUCCUGGUCUGUAUGUCCGAAUGCAGUUUACCAAAGUGCCGUGUGAAGUGGUGACGAAUUUCGAUCCUUCCUACCCCUACCUUGUUGGCGGAUUGUUGAGUCAAGAGCAGAAUAUCGGUUACGUGCAGGUGCGCAUUAAAAAACACAGAUGGUAUCCGAAAAUCUUGAAGAAUUUGGACCCGAUCAUCGUCUCAUUGGGAUGGAGAAGAUUCCAAACGCGCCCGGUAUUCUCUACCCAGGACCACAACAUGCGAAAUCGUAUGCUCAAAUAUACGCCUCAACAUCUGCACUGUUUAGCCACAUUUUGGGGUCCGAUUACGCCACAGGGAACCGGCAUGCUGUCCGUCGAAAGUGUGAAAACCGCAGGUCAGGAUACAUCUUUCCGAAUCACUUCGACAGGAGUUGUUUUGGACUUGAAUAAAUCUGUGGACAUUGUGAAAAAGCUCAAACUGAUUGGUGAACCAUUGAAAAUUUUCCGAAAAACAGCUUUUAUCAAAGGAAUGUUCAAUUCCACCUUGGAAGUCAGUCGAUUUGAAGGUGCUGCCAUCCGCACCGUUAGUGGUAUUCGUGGUCAGAUUAAGCGCGCUCUAAAAGAACCGGAAGGUGCUUUCCGUGCGACUUUCGAAGAUAAAAUCCUGCCCAGUGAUAUUGUUUUUGUGCGGACUUGGUUCAAAAUAGACGUUCCUCAGCUGUACAAUCCGUUGCCGAACUUACUGUUGCCGAGGGGAGAAAAGCUGGAAUGGCAGGGUAUGCGGAGAGUUGGUGAAAUCCGAAAGGAAAUGGGUGAUAUAGCACCGUUGAAUCCUGAUUCUCUGUAUAAGCCUAUCGUACGGAGAGAGCGUCGGCUUAAGCCGCUGGUAAUACCGAAAGAUUUACAAGAAAGUUUACCUUACAAAGAUAAACCGAAGAACAAGGGCGCAAAGAGGAAGCAUCCAGAUAUGCAACGUGUGGCAGUCAUUCUGGAACCAAAGGAACGUUCGAUUGGACAGAUGCUGCGAGACAUGGAAGCAAUCCAUAAAGACAAAGCCAGAAAACAUCGUUUGGAUGCACAGCAAAAGAAGGAAGCGUACAAGAGAGAAAUGGCUUUACUGGAAGAGAAGAAAAAUUCGGCGCAGAAACGGAUUAAGAAGGCCGUGUGUAAAAGGCUUGAUAGGCAGAAAGGUGGCAAACAAAAUGGCUAAUUUGUUGUACUCGUAUUUGAAAAGCUAUGAUUUGGUCGUUGCACUAAAACUUUUUGGUAUAGAUAUUUCUAAUUUCUGGUAGCGUUCUAAAAAUAAUUGUGUCGAAAAUUGUUGACCCGUCGAACUGUAGAUAUGUGAUCCAGACACUUGCCAAUGCUGUGCUUUUUCAUGAUGCCAU